AUGGGAUUACUUUCAUCGUUGCUUUGUUGCUCAAUAGAGUCGAAAGAUGAUAACGAUGACAAAGUACACCGACCAUCUACAUCUAAUGGUAUUGCAACAACCACAUCUAACAAGAGCAAUGCAGCUGUGACAUCUGCAAGUCUGAAGGGAAACUCAUCGCGGAAUAACCAGCAAGACAAGGCGAAAAAGAUAAAUACAACAACCACCAAGACAACCAAAGCUAAUACAACAAUAAUACCAACGACAAAUACAUCCAAACUGCAAUCAAAGAACACUCCAACGCGACAUGGAAAGGAUGCAAACACCAAUGAAAACAAUUCAGACUUGACUAAAGAUAAUGAUAUUGAUGUGAUGGGGGAUGAAGAUGAGGAUGAGGAGGAUGAAGUUGAUGCAUUGAAGCCAUCGAAAAAGGAUCUAUUAGAUGAUGAUCAAUCAAUAAAUGAAAUUGAAACUAUAGCUAAUACGAAUGACGAGUCAAAUAAUAACACACCAAAGUCUAGUAAUGAUACAACCAAAACUGACACUAAUAAUACUAAAAUUAAUACUAGUGAUAUAAUAACCCAAGUGCCAGAGAACGGAGGGGCAUAUACAACUACUAACUCAAGCAAUAAUUAUCAAAAAGAAAGUCGUAACCUGGUGCAAAAGAACGAGACCAGAAAUGGUGAAGAUGAUGAUGAAGAAGAAGAUGAAGACGAAGACGACGAUGAAGAUGAUGAGUCACUUGAGGAUUUAACUAAAUUACAGGAUGGACAAGCAUUUAAUCCAGAAACAGGAUACUUAUUAGGUAAGAAGGAUAAGAAUUUUGGUAAUAAAAAAUGUCUUAUCUUAGAUCUUGAUGAAACUUUGGUCCAUUCAAGCUUCAAAUAUUUACGUAAUGCCGACUUUGUUAUACCGGUUGAGAUAGAUAAUCAAAUCCAUCAUGUUUAUGUUGUGAAGAGGCCUGGUGUUGACGAGUUUUUACAAAAAAUGGGCAAAUUAUACGAAGUUGUUGUUUUCACGGCAUCAGUGCUGAAAUAUGGAGACCCACUAUUAGAUAAACUAGAUAUAUAUAACUCGGUACAUCAUCGAUUGUUUCGAGAUUCUUGUUACAAUUAUCAAGGCAAUUUUAUAAAAAACUUGUCACAAAUUGGUCGUCCAUUAGAAGAUACCAUAAUAAUUGAUAACUCACCAGCAUCAUAUAUUUUCCACCCAGACCAUUCUAUACCUAUCAGUAGUUGGUUCAGUGAUCUGCAUGAUAAUGAAUUGUUAGAUUUGAUUCCAUUUUUGGAAGAUUUAGCAAAGCCAAUUGUUGAUGAUGUUGGAUUGGUUUUAGAUAUAUCCUUAUAG